CGCAAAAUUUACUUCCGGCUUCAUUUGCAAAGGCUCGUGGCGUGGAAAAGUGGUAGCCUUAUAAAAUAUGAUGGAAUCUCUCCCCGGUCAGGUUCCCCUGCCACCCCCCGUGGCAGCGGGACCCCCCUCAUUGCCUCCCACCAACCAGAUGCAGAAUAAAACUCCCAUUAGCUUAUUACAGGAAAUCUGUACUAAGCGGGGUAUCACACCACAAUACGAUCUUAUUGCAAAUGAGGGGGCUGUCCACGAACCAACUUUUGUGUUUCGUGCCUCGGCUGGUGGGUUCACAGGGACGGGAAAGGGCCCCAGUAAGAAGAAAGCCAAACAUAACGCUGCCAGGGCAGUUUUGAACCAGAUGAUGGGACAGAGCAGUACAGCUGAUACUGUAGUAUAUGAACCCCCUCAGUCAUCUUUCAUCUGCAAGAAGCUGAACGGGCUGCACACCACCUCUCUGAACACACCAGCCAGUAACUUCUGUCAACUACUCCAGGAGAUAGCAGAGGAACAGUGCUUUGAGGUCACCUAUGUUGACCUGCAGGAGCUCAGUAACAAAGGCAAUCGUCAGUGUUUGGUGCAGCUGUCCACCAUGCCAGUCGCUGUGUGUCACGGCAGCGGACCCACAUCUGAUGAAUGCCAUGCUAACGCAGCCCACAAUGCAUUGCAGUAUCUGAAGAUCAUGACCAAGAAGGCGUAGUGAGGGGGCUUCGAUAAUCGUGUCACAAAAAUGGUAGACUUUGGUCUUUAAAUAAAGCUGGAAGAUGUCCUGAUAUCUAGAGUUUAGCAUGAAUCUAGCAUGGAUUUUUAUUCCUGGGAUGAUGUGUAAAUCUAGGUCAGGGUCAGGUAAUGGCUGGAUCAAGGUCAGGUCAUAUCUGGGUCAAGGCCAGGCCAUGUUCAAGGUCAAAGUUCAAUUUCUACCCUAUAGGUGACAUUGUUAUUGAAGCAGGCUUGGUGGGCUGAGGAAACUGCUAUGUACAACGCUUUUCAUUCUGCUUUGUACAUCAUUUUUCUCAUAUUUUUUUUAUUAACUUUAUUUGAAUGAUUGUGACUAUAUAUUAGUAUUUUGUUGUUAUAUAUGAAUGUAUAGAGGUUGAAAAAGAGACUCUUACAGCUUUUAAAACUGCAAGUGUAGUGAAAUUGCAUAAGUCAAUGUUAUUAACUGUUGUUGCAUGUUUUCAGUUUUUAAUUUUUUCUCCCAAAUGCAAUUGCACCUUGCUCGUAGAUACAAGCCUGCGUUUGUUCAAGUAUCAUGGUGCUUUAUAAGGCAAUUAUGCCCUUUUUAGAUAAAUAAGAACGGGAACUAGAAUUAAGUUGUCAGUUCACCUUGAGAAAAAGGUCUGUUCAGUUUUACUGUCUCCCUUUAAGCUGUUGUAAUAAUAAUCAUGUAGUUAUUAGUAGUAAUAAGUGAGUUGUGUGUUUGAGGCAGUGAAGUGUUUAUCUGUCCCUGGGGCUCAGGAUGGUCACAUACUCUGUGCUGAAAUAUGAAUUUUAAGUGAAAUAAAUUAUGUAGGUAAUUACAUUGUUGAAAUGUUUAUAACAGAGUCUGAAUGUAGAGAGCCAAAAUUGAUAAGAUGUGUAUAAUGGAAUAAUCAAAAUUUACAUCAUGGCAGUGCAAACUUUAAAUGUUGAACUUUUUAUUUAACGAUGUCCAUUGAAUGUGCGGUUUUGGUGAACUAGACCAAUCUUGUUGACAUUGAACAUAGAAAGGCACACUUCAUGUUUGUUCUGAUGUGCACAGUGUGCUGAAGGUUAGGUAGGACAGUCACACUUGUAAUUGAAUUUCACAGCUAGGCUAUACAUCCAAGGCUUAUCUUUAUGUACUCUAGGAAUGCUGUCCAGAAUGGUUGGGAACAUUGCCUCUUUCCACUAGGAUAUGUUUCACAGUCAGUAGAGUUUUAGUUGGUUUAUACAGUGGAAUUUGGGCAGAACCACAGUUUUGUUUAUUUUAUCUGUGAGGACAUUUCAGACUUUCACUAAAAUAAACUUGAUAUUAUUCUUCGGGUUAAUUUCCCAUACUGGAUAAUUUGAUGAUAUUAGCAUGCCUGCUUGGGCUCCAUAACUUGAAAGCAUCACGAAUUGUGAAUAGCUAUAUCACCCUUCAUUUCGAGGCUAUUAUAUGGGGCGAGAAUAUGGCGA